UUUAAGGUUCUUCAUCAGGUGAAAAAAACGUAAAUACGUAAAAAAAUCAUUUAAUGGAAUUCAAAAUUUGAAAGAGAUUCGAUUAACGAAAUCCAUGAAUCUUGCAGCUGUCAUCAUUAAUAGGCAUGCGCAUUCUUCCGAUGUAAAAGUUUUUUAUUUAUAUAGAAUUUUUUCCGUCGUAUAUAAGCGUUUGCCACGCUAGGGAUAGAGACAAUUCAUCCUUAUUGUUAAUACACUUGUUGUCAUGGGCCGCUUUAUAUAUAUAAAUCGCUUAGAUCCAUCUUAGAUGCUCUGUAUGAGGUGUGGUGUGGAUGAUCCUGGCUUCGUUAAAUCUUGGAUGGAUGUCUGGAUCCAUAGCAUAACGAGCCAGUGCAGUAGUUACUCUUUUGUGCUGUAUGUCAGCCUUGUGUUUCUUUAUUCUGACACCUAACGAGCACUUAGUGGAGCCAAUGUAUAAUAAUUCUUCAUUACAGCGAUGAUCAUUCAAUGGGAUGAUGUAUACUCCCGAUAGCAAGUCAUUAUUUAAUAUUGUAAUUUCAUUUAUAAAUGUAGGAAAAUCUAUUUUAAAGUGUGGUUUCACUUUUAUUGGAUUGAAUUAUGUUCACUAUUAAUCAUAAAGGCAAACUUAACAUUAUAUAUAAUGGCCAAGUGGUUAAACAUGACACAUUUAUCCAUCAUUUGAAGUGAAAUUUUCUUGUGAUUGUACACAUUAUUGAUUAUAAAGAUAUUAAAUAAAAAUAUACAGAUUUUCAGUAAAUUAUUAAUACAAAACUUUGUUAAUAAAAUACGGUAACAUAGUAUGCCAGCAACUUCUUUAUUGGAUGCAAUAUUUGACAUUGCAAAAAAAAUCAAGUUCUUUCAUUCUUCUACAAUCUAACCUUGGAGAUUAAUUUUGUUUUAAACUGCCCCAAAAAACUCCUUAAACAAAUUGGAAUCAAAACUAGAACAGUUUUUUGAAUAAUUUAGAAGUAACAGAGCAUUAAUCUCUGAGGAUGGACUGUAGAAGCUGAAAGCACUGAUUAUUUUUGCUAUGUUAAAUAUACUCCAAUAAAACAGUUGAUUUGUUAUUAAAGACUUGGAGUGUUGAUAAAUUUAGUGGAUUAUAUUUCAAACAGGAUUAUAAUUUAAAACAAUCCACAACAAAUUCUUUGAGUAGCUGAAGAGCUAUUAUCAGUUUACUAACAAUUAUUUAAUAGCUAUUUUAAUGAUCUUGCUAUUGACACCACCUAGUAAGUUUUUAACUUGAUUACACUGUAGUGUCAGUGAUUGAAAGUCAAACUAUAGUUUAUCAAAACUGUAAUCUAUGAGCUCAAUCACAUUGCAAAACUUACUUAAUUAGCAUUAAUUAAAAUAGAUACAAUUCUUAAGGAUUUGAGGACAAGCAGUUAGAAAAUGUCAAGAGUUACAAAAUGAAAAAUGCACCUACCUCAAAAUUAAACACACUUCUUAUUCUAAUAUAAAUGAUCAUCUAUAUAAAGUUUUUUCAUUCAAAAGCUUAAGUAUAAAGCUGUUCUUAAAUAUUCAUAGUUUCCAAAUGCUAUAACUUUGAUAAAUUAUAGCAGUGAUUGUGAGCAGUAAGCACCAUAAAGGCCAUAAGAAUGAGAGAAUGAUUCAGUCAUAAACAGAUAGCAAUUGCCACAAUUAUGGCCAUAGUCUCUUAGUUUCUUUGUGAAAAUUUCACCUUUACUUAUUAUCUAGUUAUUUAAUUUCAACAUUUUUAAUUUGUAAAUCUCCCUGGGUGGGAUAUAAGUGUUUCAAGAGAUACUAAGCAAUACCUUGGGAUAACCCUCUCCCCUCGUAGUAUGCUUUCCCCUUUGGAAAGUGUAUAGGCUUGUUCUGACAGUGUUGCACACUAGUGGGUGAUUUGAAAUUAGAAUUGUAUUCAUAAUGUUCGCAGCAAAAAUGGUCCAACCAUGGCUGAGCCUGUUCCUGUGGUUUUGCAUAAAAUUAUUUGUUUGAUUCAAGCAUACUUAAGUACUUUCAUUUUUCUAUUCUGUGUAUACUAAUAAAUUUACUCAUGCCUAUUAUGGGUUCAACUAGAUCUACAAUAGAAGUUGAAUGAAGCCAUACAUAUUUAGGUCUAGACACCCAUGAAAAUUCAAAUCAAAUUAGCAUCAAGUCAAUGCCUUUACCAAUUUGCCAUCUGCCACUCACAAAUUAGACUUCUGACAAACAAACAACUCAAUUAUUUAAUAUGGAAAGCAAUGUUCCAUUGAUGUCAUGAUCAACUACAAAAACUGUGUGUUUGAUAUAUGAGAUACAACUAAGCAGAGAUAUGAACAGUAGUUACCAGUGUGCUUUCUAGUAGAUAUUCUGCAUUGUAUAACAGUUGCGUGAUGAUUUUAAAUACUGUAUUUCACCUCCAACAGGUGUGCUGGAAUGAGAGGAUUUGAUUCAUUGUUUUCAAAAUUCAUUAUGUUUGAGUCAGUAAAAUUGAAAUAUCAAUAAUAAUUUCAUUUUAAGAAAUUCACAAAUAAUAAUUUAUAAAGAAAAACUGAACAAGAGUUAGAAAUCUCAUAAACUGUAAGAUCGAAACACCUUUUACAUUUUUAUCCAAAGGCCAACUGUCUAAUAGAUAAUCUGGUUUAAAGUAGAAAGGCAGUUUAUUCUAACUUGCUCUUUGGGCAAACAAAGGAUUUAUUGACUUUCAAUAAGAAUUGUUUACUUUUUGCAUUUGUUGUGAUUGGUUUUUGUCACUUUCAUAGGCCUAUCAGUGGCCAAGCGGUCUUUGUAUCCUGAAUACUGGGAGUUUGGUUGUGAGUUUCCGCCUCACUUGUACGGGCUGGUCAUGUAGAGUUUUCUGGUUUUCUCCACGUCUAUAAUGCCUAAAUAGGAGCCAGUUUCCCUUAAAAGACCUCCCAGAAGGCAUCCUCCUAGGCAGAUCACCCAUGUGUUGCAUUGCCAUAACUUAACAAAAAAACAAACAUUGUCACUUUCAUAAACAUUUGUGCCAAUUGAACUUCCUCCUUCAGCCUUUUGUUGCCUUCAUGGACUGCUGUGGUGCCUCCUAAUCUCAUUUGUGAGUGUAGUGAUUGUUGCUUGGGCAGACUUGUUUAUUCAGGUUCCACUUUGAUGAGUCUUGGUGACAUCUCUUGGGUUUCCUUCAGAGGUUUAUUGUCUUCUUUAAAAGAGAUUAGACUUUCCAAGUAGUCACUUAUGGGGUGCAUAAUGGACUUUUUAGGUUGAGGUGCAUUUAGCCUAAAUGCACCCCAACCUAAAAAGUCUCCACUUGCACAAUAAUGACAACAGAAGAGCCAGUUGUGCAUGCAAUUGUUUCCUAGGUUUGCUAGUUAGAAAAUAUCUCUAUAACAAAUUCAUUGGGUGAUAUUGUAGAUGUGAAUCUGGUAUGGUAUGGUCUAAGUCCAGACUUAAUAAUUCAUUGCAAACAUUGCAAAAGAAGAAAUUUUUUGAUUCCACUGGUCUUGACUCUUUACAUCAGCCAAAUACCUAAAUACAAAUAUUGGGAACUAUUUUAAUGACUUCUAGUUAUCAACAUGGAAGAUAUUCAGAAGAAUAGAAGGAAAAUUUGAAAUUUGUAUGAAUGGUGAAGCAGAGUAUGCAGAUAACAUGUUAUUAACUUGUGUAGAGACUUCAUAGCCACUCUGUGAGGUUGCCAAUUAGGAAUGUGAUGGUCAAGACAGACGAUAGAUUGAGAGGGUUAUAUGCAGGUGUGAUCAUCACUUACUUGUUAGACAGACUACGGUUACAAGAAACUAUUUAUUUGACACAAAAGCAGCUUACAAAAUUUGUGUGAUCUUGGAAGAUCAAAGUCAGUCUCUGGGUCUUCCUCUUUUUUCCAAGAUAAUGUCCAUGAUUCAUGAACUAGAGUUCCUUCAAUGUCUCAGAAACUCUAGGAUGACAUGGUUGACUUCUGGUGAAGGGAAAUGGAGAUGAAGUUAGGCAUGAGAAACACACACAACAAUUGGUCCAAUACAUGACAUUUUUGGGAGAAGUUGUCAAGUACUUGAAAUUUUUAUUUUCUCAUCCUAAUCACCCAUUCCAUUUAGUCACUUUUUCUUCCUCUUGCUUUCUUAAGUGGUUGGUCACAUCCCAGCCAGAGAUAGUUGAUGUUGGACUUACAAUCUUCUAUUGUUUAUAUGUUUACAGUGCAUUUUUCAUAUUAAAAUUAUUUCUAACUUCUUUCUUUUUUGUUUCUUUCAAAAACAUUUCAAUGUAAAUUUUAGUGUGGGUUCAGACCUAUCCAGAGUCUCACAACUAUGUUAUGUUUAUUAAGUGUACUCCUACAUUAAUCUGAGCUUAAAACUCAAUUAUGUAUAGUUAACAUGCUUCACAGUUUUGAUUGUUUAGUACAUAAUUAAAGAGCAUUAUGUAAAAACAUUGAUUAAUCAAUUGUUUAGUAAUUGAGACAAAUACAAUUUUUAUAAAAUUUAAAAUUAAAUUUUAUGUACAUAAAUAAUUUAUUUAAGGUUUAGAGUACCCCUCUGACAUCAUUACAAAAAAACUCUUAUGUUUCAUAUAAGCUGUUUAGAUCUUAUGACUGGCCACCAUCUGUCAGUAGCUUUAAGUGGCUAAUUUACUCGACUGCUGCAGUUGUUUGGUGGCUUACUACUACAUUCACAGAUAGAUUUACUUGUUCUUUCUGUUAUAUCGGUGCAUGUAAUUAUCGUUAAUGAAAAUCCACUGUGAGCUCAGGUUCUAUAAUGAAGAGACUGUCACAUAAUGUUUACACCUUAGAGUCGCAGAAACAGGUGGAGGCAGAAAAUGAGGAGAAUGAAGGGAGAGAAGAGAAGGAUAAGGAUCAGAAGAAUGCGGUUGAAGUACUACACCAUCAUGCAGGAGUGAAAUCAAACAGGAAAGAGAAGUAUCAGGUUAGAGUCAAAAUUAUCGAAGGAAGACAGUUAUCCGGAGCUAACAUUAAUCCGGUCUGUAAAGUAUCGUUGCAUGGAGUUUCCAAACAGACUCGAGUCGUCAAAUCUUCGGUGAAUCCAUGGUGGGACGAAAUAUUCUUUUUUCACCUCGAAACAAGUCCUGCCGACCUCUACAGCGAAACAAUUGACUUUCAUGUAAACAAUGCUAGAGCCUUCCGUUCAAAUACUCUCUUAGGAUCCUUUAAGCUAGAUUUAGGGAUUAUAUAUGAACAACCUGAACAUGUAUUUUUAAAUAAAUGGCUGCUGUUGGGCAGUACAGACGACACGGUAUCAAGAGCAAUGGGUUAUUUAAAAUUUUCUGCAGUGGUCUUGGGACCGGGUGAUGAGUGCCCCAAUUUAGCAACUCCUGAGCAUAAAGAAGACGAUGAUGUGGAAAGCAACUUAUUGCUUGCAUCCGGCGUGCAGUUGAAACCAGCGUCUUUUAUAAUAGAUGUAUAUCAAGCCAUAGAUCUACCACAAAUGGAUUCCAGCAUGACUGAUGGCGUUAAGAAAAUGUUACAUGUGGAAAGAAAGAAGGAUUUAGUUGACCCUUAUUUGGCUGUAGUUUUUGCUGGACAUAAGGUACAGUCUACGAUAAUUCAUGGUAAAGAUCAUCCUGAAUGGAACGAAAGGAUUUUUUUAGAUUUUCAGUUUCCCUCAAUGUGUGAAAAGAUAAAACUUGUACUCACCGAUUGGGAUCGGCUGACAGAAGACGACAUUAUAGCUACAUAUUUGAUGUCUAUAAAUCACAUAUCUGCUCCAGGAGAAUAUGGUUAUCUUCCGACUUAUGGACCCUCCUGGGUGAAUUUUUACGGCUCUCCCCGAGAAUACACAGAUCUCAAUAAUGGAUGUGACGGUCUAAAUAAAGGUAUAGGGGAAGGCUGCUCGUACAGAGGCAGGGCACUUCUUUCUUUACGAACAAAUUUGGGAUCAUUUUCCGAGGUCAAAUCUGUUCCGGUAGAAAAGACCGAAUUACUACAAGUCAUGCCGUACUGUAGGAGAAGGAAGUAUAGAUUACAUGCAGCUUUUAUUGAUGCUAGUAUGGUUAGCGUCAUUGAUACGCCAGUUGAAUUUGAAGUUAGCAUUGUUGCAGGAAUUAUCAUCAAUGGUGGAAUCACUUUCUGGAUGGAGUUCUUCUUGAAGCAAGAAAUCAUCAUGCUUGAAUUUCUUAAACCAAUUGUUAGAGUCAAAAUUAUCGAAGGAAGACAGUUAUCCGGAGCUAACAUUAAUCCGGUCUGUAAAGUAUCGUUGCAUGGAGUUUCCAAACAGACUCGAGUCGUCAAAUCUUCGGUGAAUCCAUGGUGGGACGAAAUAUUCUUUUUUCACCUCGAAACAAGUCCUGCCGACCUCUACAGCGAAACAAUUGACUUUCAUGUAAACAAUGCUAGAGCCUUCCGUUCAAAUACUCUCUUAGGAUCCUUUAAGCUAGAUUUAGGGAUUAUAUAUGAACAACCUGAACAUGUAUUUUUAAAUAAAUGGCUGCUGUUGGGCAGUACAGACGACACGGUAUCAAGAGCAAUGGGUUAUUUAAAAUUUUCUGCAGUGGUCUUGGGACCGGGUGAUGAGUGCCCCAAUUUAGCAACUCCUGAGCAUAAAGAAGACGAUGAUGUGGAAAGCAACUUAUUGCUUGCAUCCGGCGUGCAGUUGAAACCAGCGUCUUUUAUAAUAGAUGUAUAUCAAGCCAUAGAUCUACCACAAAUGGAUUCCAGCAUGACUGAUGGCGUUAAGAAAAUGUUACAUGUGGAAAGAAAGAAGGAUUUAGUUGACCCUUAUUUGGCUGUAGUUUUUGCUGGACAUAAGGUACAGUCUACGAUAAUUCAUGGUAAAGAUCAUCCUGAAUGGAACGAAAGGAUUUUUUUAGAUUUUCAGUUUCCCUCAAUGUGUGAAAAGAUAAAACUUGUACUCACCGAUUGGGAUCGGCUGACAGAAGACGACAUUAUAGCUACAUAUUUGAUGUCUAUAAAUCACAUAUCUGCUCCAGGAGAAUAUGGUUAUCUUCCGACUUAUGGACCCUCCUGGGUGAAUUUUUACGGCUCUCCCCGAGAAUACACAGAUCUCAAUAAUGGAUGUGACGGCCUAAAUAAAGGUAUAGGGGAAGGCUGCUCGUACAGAGGCAGGGCACUUCUUUCUUUACGAACAAAUUUGGGAUCAUUUUCCGAGGUCAAAUCUGUUCCGGUAGAAAAGACCGAAUUACUACAAGUCAUGCCGUACUGUAGGAGAAGGAAGUAUAGAUUACAUGCAGCUUUUAUUGAUGCUAGUAUGGUUAGCGUCAUUGAUACGCCAGUUGAAUUUGAAGUUAGCAUUG